AUGGCACUUACUUUUAUUUCCUCACUAUCCAUUAAAUCUUUAACCACUUCUUCUCCAAAUCCAAAGGCUCCCCCAAUUCGUCUGCAAUCCCUCUCCAACAAGCCCUUUUCACUGGUCUGCCAAUUAGACCCUGAGAGACACCAUUUUCAUGAUUGUUCCAGCAAGCAAUGCAAGACAGUUAAUGAAGAUUCGAAGAAAUGGAGAAGCAUUGUUUCAGCAGCAAUGGCAGCUGCAGUUAUUAGCUUUAGCUCUGGCAUGCCCGCCAUUGCUGAUCUCAAUAAAUUUGAAGCUGACACACCUGGUGAAUUUGGGAUUGGAUCAGCUGCCCAAUUUGGUUCCGCAGACCUCAGGAAAGCUGUACAUGUGAAUGAAAAUUUCAGAAGAGCCAAUUUCACUUCUGCGGAUAUGAGGGAAUCUGAUUUCAGUGGUUCAACAUUCAAUGGUGCAUACCUUGAGAAAGCAGUCGCAUAUAAGGCAAGUUUUGCAGGUGCAGAUUUGAGCGACACAUUGAUGGAUCGUAUGGUCCUUAAUGAUGCUAAUCUCAAAGAUGCCGUGCUUGUUAGAUCAGUUCUCACCCGAAGCGAUCUUGGGGGUGCCCUCAUUGAAGGUGCUGACUUCAGUGACGCUGUCUUGGACCUCCCCCAGAAGCAGGCUCUUUGCAAGUAUGCAAGUGGGACGAACCCAACCACAGGGGUGAGCACAAGAGCAAGCUUAGGUUGUGGGAACAGUCGACGAAACGCUUAUGGCACUCCCUCAUCCCCUCUGCUAAGUGCUCCGCCUCAGAGAAUGCUUGAUCGGGACGGAUUCUGUGAUCAAGGCACUGGUCUUUGUGAUGUAAAAUGA